UGUUGCAACCUCCCUCCCUUAUACACUCACUCACACUCUCUCGUACCCAGGAAAAGUCAGUAAGCCUUGCAUUAUUUGGUUGUCAUGUCUAUUCUGGAUAGCUUCCAUUCUCCAGCCGGCAAGCGACCAAAGCGGACAAUGUAUCUUGGAUGCCGCCAAUCAGGCCGGCCGUGCAUGCUGCCAGCCUACUGCCAUCGCGAGCAUAUUCAUCACCACCUCCCAAACCUUCCAUGAUUCGACCCGCACGCCGUGUCUGUCUGGUACUGCACAUACAGCCAUCCAUCAGUCCAUUCCUCUGGUCCGUCAGUCGGUCAGUCAAUCAGUGUCUCAUUCUCCGCAGAUGUCAUCUAUGCGCCAUUUCCCCCAUACUUGUCGCGUCUUGCUGAGCCCCCCUGUCCUGCCGCUGCCGCUGCCGCUGUCAUGGUCGCCCAUCCAGCGGCGACUGUUUGCGCCCCCGCCGCCAGCCCGGCCAUGCUCUGCAUACUUACUUGCCUAUCCGCCAUGCUACUAUGCUAUUGCACGUCUAACUUACCUGGUGCCAUCAUCCACUUCACCUUUGUCCCUCCGAGGCGCACUCGGCGGGCAAAACCGAGGAAACUGA